AUGGAGGUUGAAAAUGAGAGAAGACGGAGAGAGCUGUAUGAUACAUUAGGGAUUAGAGAUGAUGAUAGCUUGUUCGAUGCAAACUCUCUUAGCGAUGAACCUUCCAAUGGCACCAAUGGCACACCUUCCCAUGGUUAUGAGGAAGGCCCGAUUGAAGAAUCUCAGUCAGGCAGCGAUGGUCAAUGUUCAAAUGUUCAUGAGAAUGAAAUUCCUUACAAUGUGGAGGAAGGUCCAAAAACUGGGAUGCAUUUUCCAACUAUGGAUGAUUUGGUUAAUUUCUACAAGCAUCAUGCUAGAUUGAAAGGAUUUUCAAUUGUGAUAAGAUCAUCUUCUAAAGGCAACAGUUUAGUUCCUAAAUAUGUGCUAAUCACUUGUGACAAGGGAAGUAAACCACAUAGUGAUCCAUCUAUGUCGAGGUUUAUGACUCAUCACAGAGGUUUAUCUAAUAUUGUGAAAAGAUCAUUAGAGGCCAAUGAUAUAGCUAGAAUAAGGCCUUCUAAGAGCAUUAGAUUGCUAGAAGUACAAUUUGGAGGUCCAGAAAAGAUGGGAUGUUUUCCUAAAAACUGCAGAAAUUUUGUUAAUAGUAGGAGAAUGUUACGACUAGAUGAUGAAGAUGCAGAGUCCAUCCGAAAGCUCUUUUGCAGAUUACAAGUAAUAGAAAGUAGUUUCUUCUAUGCUAUCGAUGUUGAUUGGGAAUGCAGGCUUAGAAACAUGUUAUGGAUUCAUCUGCGGGGUAGAGCUGCAUAUGAGGAAUUCCAUGAUGUUAUAUGCUUUGACACAACUUAUCUUGUGAACCGAUACCGAAUGCCUUUUGCAACAUUUGUUGGUGUUAAUCACCAUGGCCAAUCUAUUCUGUUAGGUUGUGCCUUAUUGUCCCACGAGGAUGUAGAGACUUUCAAGUGUGUGUUAUCAACUUGGCUUUCAGCAAUGGUAGACAUUCAUCCCCAUGCGAUUCUUACUGAUCAAUAA